AUGGACGACGCCUCGGCGCCGGCAGAGGCGCGACGGUCCAGCAUCGAAAAGGCGCCCCUCGUCCUCGACACCCCCCCGCCGUUCGACGGUCUACCAGACGAAAUCAUCGAGCAGAUACUCCUCGCCACAGAUCCCAAUGGCUUCGCGUCUCUCAUGACCCUCAACCGAAAAUGGAGAGACGUAUCCCAGCGCCCGCACCUCUAUCGAUACCACCUCGCACGAUGUCCGUCAUAUGCUUCGUCCCAUCACAAGCUGCCCAGUGCCGAUGACGAAAACUUGUCUAUCCUGCGACUGCUGUUUGCCAGCGAGAUCAAGCGCAAUCUCUUCGAAUCCUACGUGCGACCGAACGUGACCGUAUUCAAGCUCGUGUCCAAGGCAAUCGGCUCUUCAUCAUGUCCAGGAGGGGAAGGCAUGGCAUUCACCACGUCGCCAAACGGGCAUCACGUAUUGGCGUAUAACUCUUCUAGGCUGUACCUUAUAAAUACUCAAGGAUCCAGGAUCGACAUAAGGCGAGAGUUCAAGCUGCUGCGACGCCCAGUAUCGGCAUGCGUAUCCAACGACGCGAGUCUCCUGGCUGUUCUCUCCAACGAGAUGCAAGUUGACGUCUACGACCUGAAGCAGUCCCCGCCGAAACGAAAACAGUCCAUGAUUCUCGACAACGACCCACGAACAAUUGCCCUGUCGCCCUGCGGCACAGUUCUCACCGCGGCCUAUGACGGCGGUAUCGAAGUCCAGGCCUUGAGCCGUGGGGCGUCUCCCACCGAAAGGCGAGCCGUCAAGUGCGACGCAGUCGACGCUUUGGCGUUCUCCUUUGAUGGCACACAGAUUCUUGGGACAACGCUUCACUCAUCCCCGCCGAGCACCGUCGUCAUCACCGCGCCAUACUAUGAUCCCGGCGCUCUCACAAUGGACGAAGGCGAAGAUAAUCUCAGCGCAAUGUGGACCACGUCCAUUCUAUUUCCCAACUCGAGUCGAGACUGCAGUCAUGCCGUGCUGCUACAGGAUGGAAGCCAGGACGAGGCUGCCUGGGCAUUUGCAUACGAUCGCAGCUUUGAAAGCUUUCGUGCUGUGAGGAUCGAUGAUUUGAGAAACGGCACCACUCAUUUUACUGGACCAGUGCCCAAAACAGCCUCACAAGCAAAGCUCCUUCCUUGUACGCUGCCUUCGGCUACGUACCAUGGCGAGCUGGUGUCGGCGUGCUUCCACGGCAACGAAGUUUGGGUCUAUGGAGUACCUGAGGACCUGACGACAGUACCUGACGCUGCUCUAGCGAACGGUGAUGCUUCUGGAUUGGGUAGGAGGAACAGCGCUCAGAGCCACUCGUCGCGAUCUCCGUCCAUCAGGACGCAGGAAGUUGCUGUGCCCGCAGCUGCCAGUGCUAGAGUUCCCCAGUGGCAGAUCCUAUGUGAUAAGCUGAGGAACAACUUCGUGGCGGGACACAAGACGUCAGAAGUGAUAGGCGUGAGCAACGUGAAGUGGGUUUCAAAAUUUGGCGAUACUUUGCUCAAGGAACGACUUAUUGUCACUGCUACUGGGGUUACAGGGCCUAGGCUCGUCACCGAAGAUGAGGACUUUGACUUUGUUGAUGGUGGCAGAAUUGCUCUAGUAGAUUUCGGCUACGCCGUCACCGACGGAACUGAAACAGAGGUGAUUAUCGAAGUCGGAAGCGAUGAAGCCGAAGUUCUCGAAGAGGAGCAACGCGAUAUAGAAGUCGAUGUUGCCAUCGUGCGACGAAGGACAGUAGCCCAACGAGGGGGGCGAGGAGGUUCACGGAGAGGCAGCUUGAUGCGUACCGCAACAGUCGCUGGCAUUCAUACUUCUCCCACUUCGUCUGCUCAGUAUAUUGUAUCACCCAUCUCACCUAUAUCAACUCGAAGCGUCGAGGACGACGACCCUCUAGUGCCGAGGACGAUGAAUCGAAUUCCUAUCAGCCGCCCAAUUAUCCAAGAGCCCAUCGACGAUGAAGAAUUCUUAUCGAUUGAAGAACAGGAGGCCCUGGAUGCCCCAUACGCGCACUCUAGCCCGCGAUCAGGGACAACACUGCGCCGAGCAGCUACAGUGGCCGCUGCAAAUCGUCGUCUAAACCCACGGACGGCAGACGGCCGGCCCAUAGAAUACCGUCGGGCAGACGGUAGGAGAGAGCACCCCCAUGAGAGUGAUGCGGAUAAUUGGGAGCCGCCACCACCACCUUAUCAGAAAGAGGAUCCAGGAGAUACACCCGCCUUUCUGCGCGGGCGCGCUGUGUUGGCGUCUGCCUCAAUACCAGCGCAAACACAGCCGUACCUACCAGUACAAAUGCCUCAACCACCAACUUUGACGAUCCCAUCAAGCAUUCAGCCGUUCCCGAGUUUCGUCGUACCCGAUGUUGAUGCUGUUAAUUAUAGCGUAUCAGCUCAUGGGAGAUCCGCUAGCGACUCAACAAGUGUGAUAAGCAGGCUACGGGUUGAAGACGACGUGCCUCUGCCCUUAUCAAGCACAUCUGGACCGCUAGAUCAUGAGGAUCUAUACGGAAUAUCUCCUCCAACUUCACCAGUGAUGACUCACAGCCAAGACGGUCGAUCUACAGCCUUGUCGCGGGGAUCCGUCACGCCACAACCUACCUCAGUGACAUCAAAUUCUUCAACGGCGCAGCAUGAGGGUAGUCCUGCCGCUGGAGUUGCCAUGUUGCAUCCUGAAUUUGAUUUCGGUGGAUCGAGCCUAGGGCUCGACUCUGCCUCAAUUUCCACAAUGGAGACCAGCGACGCCUCAUGUUGCCUUUUAAGGAGGCCCUCUAAUGCCCAGACCUGGCCAAUGGCUGCUCCGGAAGAAAGAGGCGGCCCAAAUGCUGAAAGCGAAACAGUCAACCCAGCUUUACCACCCGCCCCUAGUUCGGACCAAAUGGCCAGGCUUAUCAGGAGGGCCAGUCAGGGGAAUCCACUCAACUUGUCGGGUAGCCUACUCUCAUCGCAGAACCCUCAGGUACAGCGACCACAGCCGAUCGGGGGCUCUUUGACUUCCACUGCAAACGAGCCUAGUCCCGCAAUCGAUCAGCCCCUUAUCAUCAGUACGCCGCGAGGCGUAGGCGGUGUCUUUGAUCCGCCGGAGCGCAGAACAUCUCGCCGGGGUGAUAUGCCGAUCGUAGCGCCUAUAGCCAGACGCCCUCGCCCAACAGGCGGCUCUGCCCUCGCUCCCACAGUAGAAAGGCUGGAAACGAUCUCGACUGGCACCGAAGCUCCACUAGAAACCAGUACUCUCGCCUUGCCGACGUGGAUGAAGGGGGCACCUACCUCGCCGGGCAGGCAGCCAUCGAAUAUGAAUAGACGACCCAGUCGGGCUGAGAGAAGCGCGGCAAAGAAUAUGCGGGACGCGAAGAAACGAGGGUGGAACGCGAACGCCAAGAAGAGAAAGGACGAGAUGAAGAGAGUUACUGCUAUCUUAGAGGACGAUCAUAACGGCAGCGUCUGGGUGGACGUGGACGCUCCGGCCAUUGCAAAGGACCAUGAUAAAAAAUGCAGCGUUAUGUGA